CGAGGAUUCCGAGAGUGCGGAGCUCGGGCUGGGGCCGGGAGGCGCGGGGGAAGCUGGGCUCUCCCGUCAGGAACGUGUCCCAGGGCCAACCUGGCCCGUAGUGUGGCAGCAGCUUCAGGUAGGUGAGCCCGUGAAACAAUAUGAAGAGGAGAAAAUAGCCUUUUAAGGAAAUUGGCCCACAGAAAGGAUGGCCUUCUUGGACAAUCCAACUAUCAUUCUAGCUCAUAUUUGACAGUCGCAUGUGACCAGUGAUGACACAGGAAUGUGUGAGAUGGUUCUCAUUGAUCAUGAUGUUGACCUAGAGAAGAUUCAUCCUCCUUCAAUGCCUGGAAACAGUGGGUCAGAAAUUCAGGGAAGCAAUGGUGAGACUCAGGGCUAUGCAUAUGCCCAGUCAGUCGAUAUUACCUCAAGUUGGGACUUUGGUAUUAGAAGACGCUCAAAUACAGCUCAAAGAUUAGAACAACUCCGAAAAGAGAGACAAAACCAGAUCAAAUGCAAAAAUAUUCAGUGGAAAGAAAGAAAUUCUAAGCAAUCAGCCCAGGAGUUAAAGUCUGAAAAAAAGUCGCUCAAAGAGAAAUCUUCAAAUUCUGGAAAACAGUCAAUAUUAUCUGUACGCCUGGAGCAGUGCCCUCUGCAGCUGAAUAACCCCUUUAAUGAGUAUUCCAAGUUUGAUGGCAAGGGUCACGUAGGCACAACCGCAACCAAGAAGAUCGACGUCUACCUCCCCCUGCACUCGAGCCAGGACAGACUGCUGCCAAUGACCGUGGUGACAAUGGCCAGCGCCAGGGUGCAGGAUCUGAUCGGGCUCAUCUGUUGGCAGUACACAAGCGAAGGACAGGAGCCGAAGCUCAAUGACAAUGUCAGUGCUUACUGCCUGCGUAUUGCUGAGGAUGAUGCGGAGGUUGACACAGAUUUCCCCCCACUGGAUUCCAACGAGCCCAUUCAUAAGUUUGGCUUCAGUACUUUGGCCCUGAUUGAAAAGUAUUCAUCUCCUGGUCUGACAUCCAAAGAGUCACUCUUUGUUCGAAUAAAUGCUGCUCAUGGAGUCUCCCUUAUUCAGGUGGACAACACAAAGGUCACCAUGAAAGAAAUCUUGCUAAAGGCAGUGAAGCGAAGGAAAGGAUCCCAGAAAAUUUCAGGUUCAAGGGCAGACAGGGUUUUUGAGGAGGAUGCACAGAUUGACAUAGCUACAGUCCAGGACAUGCUGAGCAGCCACCACUACAAGUCGUUCAAAGUCAGCAUGAUCCACAGAUUCUGGUUCACGACCGAUGUCCAGUUAGGUAUCUCUGGAGACAAAGUAGAGAUAGACCCUGUUACGAAUCGGAAAGCCAUCACUAAAUUUUGGAUUAAGCAGAAACCCAUCUCAAUCGAUUCUGACCUGCUCUGUGCUUGUGACCUUGCUGAAGAAAAAAGCCCCAGUCAUGCAAUAUUUAAACUCACGUAUCUAAGCAAUCACGACUAUAAACACCUCUACUUUGAAUCUGACGCUGCUACCGUCAAUGAAAUCGUGCUCAAGGUUAACUACAUCCUGGAAUCACGAGCAAGCACUGCCCGGGCUGACUAUUUUGCUCAAAAACAAAGAAAACUGAACAGACGUACGAGCUUCAGCUUCCAGAAGGAAAAGAAAUCAGGGCAACAGUGACAGUGGGCUCCAGCUUCAAUCUGUUGCCAUAGC